AGUUUCGCUGAUCGGGCUCUGUUUGCUCCCGACGCCCGCCGCUCGUCGACCUUCCUGUUCACCGUGGUGCCGUGGACCAGCAGCCUCAGCCAUGUCGAUUUCAAAGACAUCAAAGAUGCUGCAGUUUCUCAACUGUCGGCUAAGAAUCACAAUUUUGGAUGGAAGGACUUUGAUCGGACAAAUGCUCGCCUUCGACAAGCAUAUGAAUCUGGUGCUUUCGGACUGCGAGGAGUUUCGAAAGAUCAAGCCAAAGGGACCCGUCCCGGCUGGUCAGCCCGAUCGUGAAGAAAGAAGAACUCUAGGACUGGUUGUCCUGCGUGGAGAAACGAUCGUCAGCAUAAGUAUCGAAGCCCGUCUCCCCUCGGCAGACGAAAGCAAGUCAAAAGCAGCCAGCAGCGGCCCUGGUCUGGCCCGUUCCGCUGGGCGAGGCGUGGCCAUCGCUGCUGCCCCGGCUGGUAUUCCCGCCGCACUUGCCGGCCCUGUUCGCGGUGUUGGCGGCCCUGGUAUCCAGCAGAUGCAACCUGCUGGCCGAGGAAACUUUGUGGCCCCUCCCGUCGCAUACGGACGUCCCCCCAUGCCUGGCCCUCCCGGCCCUGGAGGUCUUGCGCCGCGCCCUGGUCCUCCUAUGAUGGGCGGUGCCCCUCCCAUGCCGCCCUUUGGUCGUGGUGGGCCUCCACCAGGCUUCCGUCCUCCGCCCGGUAUGCCCAUGGGUGGGCCUCCUCCUGGAUUCCCAAUGGGCGGUGUGCCUCCACGACCGGGAUUCCCUCCCGGUCCUCCUCCUGGCUUUAGACCGGGUCCCCCUCCCCCGCGAUCAUAAGCUUCAAUCUUCACGAAAUGCACCGCGGCAUCCUGUGUUGAUAGCCAGCGGCAACAGCAUCCUGGAUCUUGAAUACACACACACGUCCGUCAAAUGCAUUUACAUCGCUCACGGGCCACUCACAAUCCUUCGAUUCCGUAGUGCUGCACUGCGGCGUUCCAACUCGAUCCCGUGGAAUGCUGCCCAUUAUCAGCUCGGGAGCACUGCCCCUCCCCUCAUUCUGUCUGCCUGCGAUAUCGUAUUUAAUCGAUCCUGCGGUGGAUCUCCAUGGGCGAGAUCGACUUGCACAUUGCGUGCCUGUCCUUUGGCUGCAUCGAUGUGACAAUCUAUUGAUCGAUUUGCACCGACUCCAUAAACUAUGG